AUGAGUCUAUUCCUUCUCGUUCUCUUGUUCGUGUGUGUGCUCUUAUUGGCGACGGCCUACCUCCGAUAUCGAAUGUCGCAGCCAUCACGAGCCAAUCGAGUUGUGUUUUGGAAUAAAAAGGAUAAAUUUACAGUGGAACGAAUAUUACAAAAAGUUGCUGGAAAUAAGAUUGCUUCUUUCAUCAUUAAUACUGCAUCAUCACCGAAUAAUGCCAUUUCUCCGAUGAAUUAUUAUGGAGGAGGGACCUCUUAUUCAACAACAACAAAUCAACCAACAAGUCCUUUUCAAAGCACGACUGAUGUUGUGGUAGUGAACAAUAAUAAUACUAUUAAUCUCUCAGGUUCAAGACCAAAGAACCGUUCUUUAUUGCAUACGAGUUACUUGACAAGCUCUCCUUCAAAAUACUUGACUAUGAAUCAACAUCAAUCCAUCAUCAGGCCUAAUUCAACACCUAAAGUAUUGGUUCCUUCGAAAUUACAUUUAGAACCAACUUCACCAAAUUCGCCAUUCAAUCAACCAAUCAACCUCUCAGAAGAGGAAUUUUCAAACACAAUGAUUUAUCGAAAGCCAAUUGAAAGAUUGGAAAACAAAAAAGCACCAGUUUCUAGCAUUUCUAAGAGUCCGACUUUAAAUGUUCAUUCCAAAAUUGCAAAUGGAACACCAUCUCACACUAGGACUUUCAAUGAUACACUUACAAACCUAGAAAUAUCACCAAUAGCACCAAAGGAUAAUACUCAUUCACUUAUUGCCAAUACAAGCUGGGUUGUCAAUAAUGGAUCAAUUUUGAUAGAAGAUUCUUCUGAGAAGGAAUAUUUGGAAAAAGAACAAGAAGUUGACAGCAAUAGGGAAACGAAUGAAAUCAAACAAAAAGAGGAAGAAACAACUGGUAUUAAUGACUUAUCAAUGAUAUCUGUUGGUGACAUGACAAAGAAGUCACCUAAAGGCAUUCUUAAGGUACGAGGAGCACUGGGAACCAAACAACACGAUCUCUCGGUCAAUUUAUCAAACCUUAAUGACAGCGUUUUAAAUUCAAGUGCUCUAUCACGAAAAAAGAAAGUAGAUUUUGGAUUUAAUAUGGAGGGCAAGGGUGUCAAAAGAGACAGACCUAAGGGUUUUGAUAAGGUGGUUCCAGCACCAUCCGAAACUAGCUUUCCCAGAGAUGUACAAAAAAGAACUAAGACGAAUGAUCAAAUAAUGACUGAAACAAAUCAGCAGAGACAGGAUCAAUCAAGCUUGUCACCUCCAAAGACUUGUAGCUCAUCUGUCCCUCUGCAAAAACCUGAAACUUCUUUUGUUACAGAAGCUGAUAAGAGCAUUUUAAAUGAUAGCAUCAUCAACUCCUCAUACGAAGAAAAAGAAGAAAAACCAAAACGAAAACCAAAAUCCAAAGGAAGACUUGGUUUUGCCACUCCAAAAACUAUUCAAAAACAACGAGUAUUGACAUGCAAAGAGGAUAUUUUACAAAGAAAGGAAUUAAUGAUCCAAUUAUUGAGAGGUGAUCAAAGCCUAGUUAACGAAGAAAAAACAGAGGAAACCAAAAAACCAGACAAUAAUCUUGGAUCAUCAUUUAAUUUAUCUAGCUUAGCUAGAAAGAAGGAUGACGAUGACAAGCCCUCUAGUGUUACUGCUGAGACAAGUUCUACAACGACAACCAUCGCUCCAAAAACUGUCACCACUGCGGAGCCACCUGCAACCACUGACUCUUCGGUCACAAACACCGGUAGCGGUGGAUUUAGAAUUAAUUUUGCCUCAACUACAAUGCCAACAUCUUCUGUACCUGUUUCUACAGAACAGAGUAUCAAAACGAACAACAUCACUACAGCUGCUACUUCAAAGCCAGGAGCUUCAAACACCAUCAUCAAUACCACACCUACCUCAGCAACAGGUUUUCAAUUCAAAACUCAAGUUGCAUCCACUCAAAGUGACAAACCUUCAACGUCAUCAGUACCAUCUAGCAACACAACUGUGAAUCUUAAUGUUUCACAAUUCAAGAUACCCUCUUUGUUACCAAGUGGAGAUUCUACGAAUUUUGGCCUUCCAAAACCUACUCUUCCAUCUAGCGCCCCUAUUAACGUGCAAUCAUCACAACAAGCCAUUCCAACAACGCCUUCUGCAAACACGAUGGCAACACCUUCCAAUCCAAUGCCUUCAAUCACAUCAACAUCCAAUUUUAUGUCACAACCACCCUCUAGCGUGCAACAAGCCCAACAGCCAACAAAUCCACAACCUGCUAGCUCUCAACUUACCAAUCCAUUUUCUUCAACUAGUAUGCCCUCAACUAUGGCAACCAGAACCAUUCCACCACCAACUAGUGCGACCGUAGUAACUCCCUCUGAAAAACCAGCAUCAAACUUAACCGGGAAUGUCAAUACUGGCAGUGCUAAUAACGCAACUACAAACAACCCUGUUUCGAGUUUAGCCACUCCAAUGUCAUCCACUUUACCGACUACCUCAUCCACCAUUAGCAACACAAAUGCCAAUAAUCCAAGCGCUACUAUCUCCACUUCAGGUGGUAUUGGUAGUAAUUUUGCUCCUUCUUCUGCAACCAGUACAUCCAUGACUAGUAAUCCGACCAUGACUUCUUCAAAUAAUCCAUUUACAAGCUUGAGACCCAAUAACAACGCUGGUGGUGUCAGCCUGAAUAAUUCAAAGCUGAACACUGCAAAUCUAUCAUCAACAAGUACACUUCCAUCGAGCUCAAUAACUUCCACUGCCGUCACCCCAUCAAAUAAUACUGCCUCUGUCAGCAGUACUUCCGUGCCAUCGUCAUCAACCAAUGUGUUUGCCUCGGUCCCAAAACCAAGCUUGUCUCUGCAGAAUGCACCAACAGUUCCUAAUCCAUUUGCAGCACUUAAGGCACCAUCCACUGGCCAAAGUGCAUUCCCGAGUGGCGGUGGUUUUUCUACUACCAAUCCAUUUGCAUCAGUGAACACUUCAAAAGGUUCUAGUACCGGAGGAAGCGUAUUCGCCACAGCUCGUUUUUCAUUUGGAGAUGAAAGUGAUAACACUACUGCGACCAACAAGCCAAACACAUUUUCGAGUGGUGGCUCGUUUUCGUUCUUGGGAAGCAACAAUCCAUUUGGAUCAUCAGGAUUUGGAACCUCUGGUUUUGGACAACGAAAAUAA